AUGGUCUUCGACACUCUUCACUCCCUUGCCCAUGGUGGCGUCCGUGCGACCCACCACCUCAUCUCCUCACGAUACGUCUGGCCUGGCAUGCGGAAUCAUAUCCGCAAAUGGACCCAGUCUUGCGUCCCAUGCCAGCGUGCGAAAGUGCAGCGCUACGGCCACCCCCCUUGCAGCCUUCCUGCCCCCGGAUCACAGGUUUCACAACAUUCACGUGGACAUCAUCGUCCCACUUGCCUCAUCCCUUGUUACCGCUACCGCUACCUACUCACCUGCACAGACAGGUACACUCGGUGGCCCGAGGCCGCUCCUAUGGUGGACGUCACCGCCGAAACUGUAUGCUCCACCUUUCUGCACACCUGGGUCGCACGUUUCGGCACCCCAGCCGAACUCAUAACUGACAGAGGAGCACAAUUUGAAUACUCCCUAUUUCGCUGCAUGCUCAAGAUGUUGGGAACAACCAGGUAUCGCACAACCGCCUAUCAUCCCGCCGCCAACGGGCUCGUCGAGAGAUUCCAUCGUCAUCUGAAAUCCGCCAUCAUGGCAUAUGAGCAUCGCACCCACUGGCAUAAUCACCUCCCCUUGAUACUCCUCGGUGUUCGCUGUGCCGUCAAGGCGGACUCACACUGCUCCCCCGCGGACAUGGUCUACGGAUCGAGCCUCCGAAUUCCGGGACAGCUGCUUCUUCUCCCUCGAGACCACUUGGACUCGCCCCUGGACUUCCUCGCCCGACUCCAGUCCACCCUCUUCCAACUUCGGCCUCUCCCGGUACGAAAAUCCGUCGGACGCCCAUUCUAUGUACCCCGAGACCUCGCCUCCGCCACCCACGUUUUUCUACGUUCGCCCCCCGUGCACCGAUCUUUGGAAGCCCCCUACGCCGGCGCCUGCCGCGUCAUCGCCCACGGUGAUAAGACUUUCCGUAUCCUCGUCAACGGUAAAGAGCAAACAGUCGGGAUCGAUAGGCUCAAGCCCGCUUACCUCCAAGACGAUCCACCGCCAGAUGCAACUACUACCGCUUCCAGCUACAACCCCGCAGCGCCUCAGCCACCCCCCUCGACCCGUCAUGUGACCUGGGCUAGCCCCCUCCGGUCUUCUGGGAGGGGGGCAACUGUAGCGCCACUCAUUGCAUGCCGGUAG